UCCCAGCCCCUAAGGAGGAGGGGAGAACAGCAGAGAGGAGGGGGGUCGGAGGCCCAUGCUUAUAAAGGCUGCUGGACCCGCGCUGCCCGCCAGACCCCGCCGCCCGGAUCCCUUGCACUGUCUGCCAUCCCGCGUGACCGCGCCGUCCCCCAGGUCCAACACUAAGCCUGGUCACCAUGGCCCUGCUCCCGGCCCUCUUCUUAGCGCUCCUGGCAGGUGCUCAUGCCGAGCUCCCGGGAUGCAAGAUCCGCAUCACCUCCGCGGCGUUGGAGCUGGUGAAGCAGGAGGGCCUGCGCUUUCUGGAGCAAGAGCUGGAGACCAUUACCAUCCCGGACCUGAUAGGCAAAAAGGGCCACUUCUACUACAACAUCUCCGAUGUGAAGGUUACACAGUUGCAGCUGAUAUCCUCGGAGCUCCACUUCCAGCCUGACCAGGAGUUGUUGCUGCACAUUUCCAACGCAUCCUUGGGGCUGAACUUCCGGAGGCAGCUUCUCUACUGGUUCUUCUAUGAUGGGGGCUACAUCAAUGCCUCGGCCGAGGGUGUGUCCAUCCGCACAGGUCUGCAGCUCUCCCAAGAUCCCAACGGUCGGAUUAAAGUGUCCAAUGUCUCCUGUGAUGCCUCUGUCUCUAGGAUGAAUAUGGCCUUCGGGGGAACCUUCAAGGGGAUAUAUAACUUCUUCUCCACGUUCAUCACUUCGGGGAUGCGGUUCCUCCUCAACCAACAGAUCUGCCCUGUGCUCCACCACGCUGGGACAGUGCUGCUCAGCUCUCUCCUGGACACAGUGCCCGUGCGUAGUCCUGUGGAUGACCUUGUUGGCAUCGACUAUUCCCUCUUGAAGGAUCCUGUGGUCUCCAAUGGCAACCUGGAUAUGGAAUUCCGGGGUACAUUCUUCCCCCUGACUGAGGGGAGUUGGAGCCUCAUCAACAGGGCUGUGGAGCCACAAUUGGAGGAACAGGAGCGGAUGGUGUACGUGGCCUUCUCUGAGUUCUUCUUUGACUCUGCCAUGGAGAGCUACUUCAAAGCUGGAGCCCUGCAGCUGACACUUAUGGGGGACAAGGUGCCAAGUGACCUGGACAUGCUUCUGAGGGCCACCUACUUUGGGAGCAUUGUUCUCCUGAGUCCUACAGUGAUUAACUCACCCCUGAAGCUGAAGCUGCAGGCUGUGAGCCCUCCACGAUGUACCAUCAAGCCCUCGGGCACCACCAUCUCUGUCACUGCCAGUGUCACCAUCGCCUUGGCUCCACCCAUGCUGCCUGAAGUCGAGCUAUCCAAGAUGAUCAUGGAAGGGCGUCUCAGCGCUAAGAUGACACUCCGGGGCAAGGCGCUGAGAAUAAAGCUGGACCUUCGCAGGUUUCAGAUCUACUCCAACCAGUCUGCGCUGGAAUCUCUAGCCCUGAUCCCAUUGCAGACCCCAUUGAAGACGCUGCUACAAAUCGGAGUGAUGCCCAUGCUCAAUGAGCGGACCUGGCGUGGGGUGCAGAUCCCCCUCCCCGAGGGCAUCAACUUUGUGCGUGAGGAGGUGACCAAUCAUGCAGGCUUCCUCACCGUUGGGGCAGACCUCCACUUUGCCAAAGGGCUUCGAGAAGUGAUCGAAAAGAACCGUCCUACCAAUGUUGUGGACUCCAGUGACCCUCUAUCCUCUGCAGCAGCUGCCUGAGUUCUUCGACCCACCCAGGCAGCUGGCAUUCAGGACAUUCACAGUCCUCAGCAGCAGCCUCUCCCCCUUCCCAUCCACAGCCCGUAGUGUCCCCAGUGCCACAGAGAAGAAUUCGGUUUGAAGC